AGACGGACCAAGACUUGGCCAAGGAAGCUUGAUCGCGUCUUCCUGAUGAUGCGAUGCCGCAUUUCGAAGUAGUGGAAGGUAUCCGUAGAGCUUGGGCUUCUUUGCUUCAAGUGCAGUUCAAAGACGGUUAUCUUGGUGCGCAUUGGCAUGGCGCAACGCCACUGCUUGAAGUGCCCCGACUUCUCCCGUUGCGUCCAGUCGCGUUUAUCAUCACUUGGCGGAAGCUGCAAGAGUGAGACCGACAGACGCUGCUGCACAGAGCAGGACAGCAGGUGCCAACUGGGCGCACGCGAACUGUUUCCAAGAAGCAAGAGGCAGAUAUGGAUGUAUGUACAUACAUACCUGGGAAAUAUCUUUCCUCUUUUGGCAAGUCGCUCUGCUGUUCUCGUUAGUUUACCACCUACUAUUGGCUGCAUUGGUCCCCAGCCGUGUAUGAAGUUUGAGACCAGCAUCAAGUCGGAAGGAGCCAGGCUCAACAAUUCCAACCUCGAGCAAUUGAUGAGUCCUUCCUCUUCCAAAGUUCAAUAUCACCACCAGCAAAAUGAGCAGACUCUGCCUGCACUCCACUCCGAGCGCAAAAGAGAUCUAGAACCUGGCUUCGCAUGGCUGCAUCUCGUCUCCGCGAAAUGUCGCCUUUGUCAUAGUUUGGCCGGAGUGGGGGACAGCUUGCGGAUUGCUGCCCGCUUGGAGGUUGGAAAAGAAUAAAAAGGGACGUGCUGCCCACCUUUGUGCAUGACGACAUUUCAGGGGUUCUCUUGCGCGAUCGAGCACGAAUGCCCCAUGGCCAACCAUUCCGCACACGACUGCCCAGGUGCGAGCACUUCCCUCGACACACAUUUGGUAUAAUCGCUUCUUACUGAGAGCUGAACCGUGUUGUCGGUGUGGGAGUGGUGUGUUGAACAGAGCAUUUCAUCAGCAGGGAUUGACUCCGCAUCCGACACUU